AUGAGCAAGAGACACACAGGAGAACAAAGCUCGCCCACGGAGCCCGUUCCGGGCACCGGGGCGCUCACAGGGCCAUUGGAGAUGCUGCAGGCAGGCAGUACAGUCCUUGUCGGUGUGCACCAGGUCGAGGUGAUUGAAUACCUGGCGGAGGGGGGGUUUGCGCACAUUUACAAGGUGUCUUUUGUUGGGUACACGAACGAGCUCGACAGGCAAGACCGGAUCCUGCAGCCAGGCGACACAGUGUGUCUCAAGCGCGUGCGUGUGAGCGACGAGAACGGACUGAAUGAGCUGCGCAACGAGGUGGAAGUGAUGAAAAAGCUACGUAAUUGCAGUAACAUCGUGCAGUACUACGACUCGAAUGCGUCGCGCCUGGGGGAUGGGAAGCCGGGCUAUGAGGUGCUCCUUCUGAUGGAGCUCUGCCCCAAUGGAUCGCUGCUUGACUACAUGAACCAGCGGCUGGCGACCAAGUUGUCGGAAGCGGAAGUGCUGAAGAUCAUGUAUGACAUCACCGUGGGUCUCUCGCACAUGCACUACCAGCGCACACCGCUGAUCCACCGCGACAUCAAGAUUGAGAACGUGCUGGUGGACGCAGACAACAACUUCAAACUGUGCGACUUUGGGUCCACGUCUCCAUGUUUGCCGGCGGUCGCCAGUCACCAGGAGAUCGCGAUGCUCAUGAACAACAUAUAUGUGCACACCACGCCACAGUAUCGGUCGCCGGAGAUGAUUGAUUUAUACCGCUGUCUGCCGAUCAAUGAAAAGUCGGACAUCUGGGCCUUGGGGAUUUUUCUGUACAAGCUGCUCUUUUAUACUACACCAUUUGAAUUGACAGGUCAGUUUGCAAUCUUACACUCCAAGUAUGAAAUACCGCGGAAUAGCUUCUCGUCCAAACUAAUCAAUUUGGUGAUCAUUAUGCUGGCUGAGAAUCCUUAUUUGCGUCCGAAUGUGUACCAAGUGAUGUAUCAUAUUUGCUCUAUGAUGGAAUGCGAAGUCAAAAUAGACGACCUCUAUGGCCAGGGGCCAUACAAUUUUGAUAUGUAUGGGCGAUACCAAGAAAAGCUACAACGCCUGCAAUAUGAUAUGUUGAUGUCUCACCAGCUGGCGCAGAGGGGGAUUAUCAACACUGACAAAGUAAAUGAUCUUUUUAUUAGCACCUUUGAGUGCGCUCCGAAGCAACCAAUGGUAAUGGGCCAGAAUGCCGUGGCACAGCAACAGAUUUUCGUUGCGCCACCAUCCACGAAUACCUCCAUGCCAGUCGAUAUGCAGCAGUCCUUACCGAAGCCUUUGGAUCAUAAUGGACCUAACGCGCAUGGGGGUUUAGAUUCAUUGCAGAAAUUACCAAAAUCAGCGGAUGUUGGCAAUUAUCCUGUUGCGGAAACCCAUAUGCAUAUGUAUGCUGACGCCCAGAAAAAUUAUAUCCAGGUUCCAAGGAAGGAGGUUAUGAUGCAGCAUACAGAUCGCUCUGUAUUGUCUGAUCAUUCCGGCAAUGGUACAUCUACUCCAUCAUUACCUGGCUCCUGCCCCGUUCAACAUGAACAACUUGCUAACACACCAAAGUCCAAACAGUAUAAGAAAAACAAUCCCUUCCCUAAAAUGGCUAAACAGGACUUCGUGCACGACACCUACGAUGAGAGCGACGAGCACUCGCCGGGCGAUGAUCCUGCCCCAGCAAGCAAGCCUGUUGACAGUAUGAUCCCCUCUGUCCCAGCUACCGUAACGCCUAUGGUGUCCGUCCAGCGCGACCGCUCUUUCCAGCAUAUCCAGCCAGGUCAGAUUCCAGAAAACGUGCGCGAAUGCGAGCCAGAAAGUGAGGUUGAGAUGGAUUUGAGCCAUAAAAUCCAAAACUGUAACUUGGAUCAGCAGCAGUCUCUCCAGGCUCAGGACCUCAAGCUGCAGCAGAUUCUCCUCCAUCAGCAACAACUCCAGCAUCGACAAUACCAACAACAGAAUGAUAAUCGCCAGCAGCAUGCACAGCGUUUGCAUGACCAGAUGCCACAUCAACAGCGGCAGCAAUUGCCGCUCCAAAUGCAUUUGCGGCCGCAGCACCCGUGUAGUAACAAUGUGCCGUUGCAUAAGACGUUGGCGGAACAGGCUUACCAACUUUCCGAUUCCACACAGCCGCAGCCGCAGCCGCAAUAUCAAGCCUACUAUGUUGAUAGGAAGACGGCUGUGCCCUUCCAAACUUACAGCAACGCCUACACCCAAAAUCAGCACGUGUUCCCUCAGCAGUCUUCAAGAGGCACUUACGGUACCUCUGACAGAAUACAGAAUGGCAGCAACCAACUCAUAGAAUUUUCGUCGCCUGAUAAGUCUGCGAACGAUGCACAAUUGGAUCUGACUUAUAACCAGAUUAACCUGUCGAAACCAAACUCUGUCGGCGGCGGCGACCCCAGCGAAAACGCCAGUGUCGAGUUGAACGGCUCCGGUAGCAGCGUUCUAACGAACGAGAGUAUCGCAAUGGAAUUACCCAAUGCCGAAGAGAGACCAGUGCCCCCCUCGACGUCCGGCGCCACGCAGCCCGCUGAAAACAUUCAUUCUCGCCAAGAGAGUGAUAGCUACCAUGACCGAGAAGACAGUCGCCAUGUGACUGGCCACGUUCCCAGGCGCUCUCUUGAGCUGGACUUCCAGGAAAUUGAUCUGUCUUCCUCUCCAACGCCGGUUUCUGCGUCCAAGACAUCCUCGAAGGCACAUCUACAGCCAAACCGCUCUGGCACGGCCAACUGUGGCACAAGUAACAGCAGCAGCGUCGUGAGCGGCGUGCGCAAGUCCUUCCACAGAGGGAGGAAAUCAGUCGACUUGGAUGUCUCGAAGAAAGAGUCGAAAGAAGAACCCACCAACUCAGGUUCCGGUAAGAGGCGUUCGAUUUUUGGUGUCUUCAAGAGUUAA